AUGCAGAGCCUCCUCUUGCCGGCGCCGGCGGCGAGCUCCGGCACGUUCCCGGCGCCGUUGGGUCCCGCCUCAUCGCCGUACCUCCGUCGCCUCGCUGCCCAAGAGCCGCCAUUGCGCGUCGGCCACCGUCCUUAUCUUUCCUCUCCGAAUUCUCUCUCCACCGCUGGACCGGCUCACAGAUCGAACGUCUUUCCCUUGACAUCCCUUUCGCCUCGCGAUGCUCUCGGCUACAGACGAUCAAAGCUGUUCUCCACCUUGAUGGCCUCCUCUCCGGUUUCUCCUGCCUCCACUUCUCCGAACGACGAUGCCGAGAAGGUGAAACUUGCCCAGGUUGAGUUAACUUAUGUUUCGUCCCUUUAUUCGGUGAUUCUGUUUGCUGGGUUUGAACUUGUUAACGCCAGUCGGUUCAUUCGGUUCUUACGGGUUCGGUUUAAAAGUUUUGAUUUUGCCUAUGAUGUUGUGCGGGUAGCCAAAAGACUAGAGAAUACCUCAAGGUAUUUCCGGAGGUUGGGGAAUUUAGGGUUUUGGGGACAGCUAGUGUGCACUGUUGUGGCUGCGAUUAUUCUUUCCUUUUCCGUGGUUAUAACUGGAAAGGUCACAUCGCUGGCCACUUUUUACGCCACUGCCGACGCGAUAGCGGCAGCGUUCAUUUCUGUCUUCUGGUCAUUUGGAUAUAUUCGGCUAUCUGAGAAGCUUCGGAAAACUGCUAAUGAUCCCUCGAAGGCCCCUCCUCGAGCAGAUGUAGUCAAAAGUUUGAAGAAUGGCAUCAUGUUGAACCUGUUAGGGAUGGGUGCUGCUAUUCUUGAUAUGCAAGCAACUGUUGGGUUGUUGGUAGCAAAGGCUCUCACUUCCUCAACGAACCCAAAUUAA